AUGCCGCUCGCAGGACAGGAUAACCUGAAACUUCUGCGCCUGAAGGUCCUUUAUUUCCUGUAUUAUGGUGGUGUAGGCGCGUUGCUCCCAUUCAUUCCAGUAUACCUCAAACAGACUGGAUUAACAGCAUCUGAAACCGGCGUUAUCAUUGGUUUCCUGCCAUUCGUGUCGUCAGCUAUACGACCCCUCAUUGGUGGAGCGGUGGACCGUUACAAGAUUCACAAGCCUGUAUUUAUUGCAGUUUGCCUCUUAGCAGGACUCGUUUACUGCUCGCUAUUGUUGGUGCCGAGAAAAGUUGAAUUUGGUCAACCAAUCAAUGGAACGGGUCUGGUGGACAUGCGCACUGAUUAUCGAGGCUGUUAUCUUCCGAUCGCGUAUUUAGACAGAUGCCUGAAAGACAGUGUUGACAAGAAAACUUUACCUUGGUAUCGCAGUUUUGUCACGAAUGUCAGUAACACCGUCCAGUUGUUGUCUAUGAUAUUCUGUGUACCGGAUGCAGAGCUUAGUGAUGAUCUCUCAAUGGUCAUAUCUGGGAACAUGUCAUCCAAAGCACUAUAUAUUUAUCCUGACUCACAAUAUCCACCGAUGGUUGCAUUCGACAUCAAAGAGGUGGCCAAAGUUGGCCAAUUCAUAACAAAUUGCACCAUUAAUCUUUCGAAUGUAACUUUUUUCCCAAUAUCCACCGGGACAGUCGAGUGUCCGAGUCGUACAAGGUACAAAUGCUGGCAUCAGAAAAAUAUUGUGUCAACUGAAGAUAGACUAGAUUCGAAAGGAGAGUUCCAGGCUCCAUUUUGGAUUACGUUUGUGAUUCUUAACUUUGCUAGGUUGUUACAUAACAGUGUGAUGAGCUUUACUGAUGCCGUAGCCUACAGCUAUCUCGGCGAAGACAAGUCACGAUUUGGAGUCCAGAGACUUUUUGGGUCAUUAGGCUUCGUUGUGGUAUCUGUCCCGUUGUCCAUAUUGCUGUACUUAUACGCUGAAUCAGAUGGCACUACGAACUUCUCCAUAUCAUUUUACGUAUAUAUGGGGUUUACUUGUCUAGCUGCCGUAAAGGUGUCUUUCAUGACGAUUUCAUUCCGCCAAAAAGCUUCGAAUUUGUGCUCGGCUCUUUGUAAAUUACUUAAGGACCAACAAAUCGCGCUGGUCCUUCUAGUGACGACCUACGCCGGGGCGCAAUUGGGGGUUGUGGAGGGAUUCUUCUUCUGGUAUCUUAAGCAGCUGGGAGCUACGCAGCUAAUUCUCGGUCUUUGUGUGGGGACUGGCCUUGGAAGUGAGAUUCUCUUCUUUUUCCUAUCUUCCCCGGUGUUGCGCCGAUUUGGAGAGGUGCCCACCUUACAGAUGUCUCUGCUGGCCUCCGCUGUGAGAACCAUAUCUGUGUCAUUCGUGACAAAUCCGUGGUUUGGGAUAUUCAUACAGCUUCUUCACGGUCCUGUAUUCAGUCUUAUGUGGGCGGCCGCGUCAGCCUACGUCAACUCAAUCGCCCCGCGGGGAAUGGCAGUAACAGCACAGACGAUCCUGGGAAGCUUGGUGUACGGAAUAGGUUAUGGUACGGGCAACCUGAUCACUGGAAUGGUGUACGACGCUAUCGGACCCGCCUGGACAUUCCGGAUCAACGGUAGCAUAACCGUGCUCGUGUCUAUGUUGUUUGCUUUGAUUCAGGGCUGUUAUGUCAAACCAAAGGUGCAGAGAGAGAGAGAGAUAAGCGUGAAGAUCAGGAGAUGACAGUUGAUUGCUUGCUGAACGCCCCAACCGAAACACAGACAGUUCCAGGCACAGAGAGUUCACAACAAAGAAGUACCUAACCUCAAACCAGGAUGUCUCUACAGGAAAGCUGAGUACGAAGUAUUUGUAGUUUAUUUACAUCGGGAAGUAAUUUCAUAAUAACUUACACAUGUAUUCAAGGAAUACUCUUCAACAAGAGACCUGCAGAUGGUCGUGGGUUUCCCCCGGAUUCUGCCCGGAUUCCUUCGACCGUCGAAUAAGUGAAAUAUUCUUGAAUAUGGCGUAAAACAUCAAUCAAAUAAAUAAAUCAAUAAACAUUAACACUGGAUGGUUGUGGUGAGCGUCAACACCAACCUUCAGUCGUCGGAAACGAGUUUUAAGCAUACCGAAGGCUCCCUCAACAGCUUGUCUUCUGCAAGAUAAAGCACUGUUGACAGCUUUCUGUCCACGUGUUAGGUUUCCCACGUUUCUACAUGUAUAUGGUGUCAACAACCAUCUUGUUAUUGGAUAUACGACGGCGGCCAGCAUUAUGGUGGGAGAAAGCGGGCAGAACCCGGAGGAAACCCACGACCUCCCGCAGGUUGCUGCUAGACCUUCCCACUUACGGCCGGAGAGGAAGCCAGCAUGAACUGGACUCAAAGCGACCGCAUUGGUCCUUAUGACAUUGAAACAUUAACAUUUUGUAUACUAGUGGAUACUAAGAAUGUUGUAUGGGGGACUCACUUGAAAUGUUACAAAUAAUACGUGUAUUGGGUGAUAUUCUUCACAUCUGACCAGCACAUUAUGUAUAGCGUCCGCUUCGGGAGGCGGUUCAAUCCUGGGUCGAGUCACACCUAAGACCUUAAAAGAGGAAGUUGUAACUUCCUGGCUUGGCGUCCAGCAUGAAGGAGAUAGUGCAUUGACUGGUUGACCUGUAUCAGUAUAAUCGCUUGGGCGGGGUGGCUUACUUGCCUUCUUUAAGUCGUCUCAGUGAAGCAGCGCUAGCUACAAAAGCGGUGGAAAUCCGUCCUGCAACAAGGAGGCACAUUACAUGCACUCUAAGGAUUCCUUCGUCGUCAUAUGACGAAAAAAUUGUUAGGUACAACGUUAAACGUUAAGCUCUCACUCACUCUUCGCAUUUGCUCACUGAGUAUUACUUUCGCUUUCAAGGACAACCGCAACAACUGUGCACUUCUAUAUAUAUUGAACCCAACGUCAGACAGAAAUGAAAGCAAGUUUUAUGAUUAUACAUGUACAUGAUUGAAAAUCUAAUCAGAAAAAGCAACGGUGUAUUUGGAGCAGUUUGCUGGUAAAUUUUAUUUGAACUUCAUGCGAGCCCUUUCAUUAGUACCAGUAAAGUUCUACGGCCCGUUCAUGUACCAAGAGUCAUGAAAGUACUAGCCAACAGCCAACACAAGAAUAUGCAACAGACUGUUGAUAUUCCUAUGUAUGUGACAGGGUAAUGUUAUUCUCCUUGAACAUUGCUAUACUGCAUAUAUUUAUCUUUUUUCAUUUUUCAAGGAAAUGUUACCGGCGAAAGUCCGAUUUUCGUAUUUUGAGUCACUAUCAUGCAGCUUGAGCGGGUUAGUGCUCUGACUUUAACCAAAAUACGUGUG